AUGCCUGAUGCAAACAGCUCCUCGAAAGGAAAGCGAACAGAUGAAGCGCUCUACGAAAAGUGUUGCGAAGAAAUCAAGAACAAGCCGAACAAAGAUGGGUCUGGCAAAGGUCAGUGGGCUGCUUGGAAGGCUGCAGAGGCGGUAAAGCUUUACGAAUCCAAGGGAGGUAGCUACGAAGGCAAAGCAGAAAGUAAGAACGAGCCCGAAACAGGGCCACCGCAGAAGAAGGGUUCUGCUGAUUCAAAGACGAAGAAAUCAGACAAGUCUAACAAAUUGAAGCCUCCAUCCAAGAAGCGUUCAGCGUCUGAUGAAGAGGCGCAGCCCGAAGCAGAUGAAAAAGAAUCUGGCGAGAAAGGCUCUAAGAAGGCUAGCAGUGAUGAACAGCCCAAGGAGCAGAAGACUGAUGCUAAGAAAACCAAGAAGACCCCAGCAAAGGAGAAAUCGCAAGCUAAUGGCCAGAAAAAGUCAGCUCAAAGUGUUCCCAAGGGAAAGACUGAGCGUGUCACAAGAUCUCAGAAAUAG